AUAUAAAUAUAACUAGGAUCAAGUAGAUCUCAGCCGUCCAUUUUCGAAAAAAAUGGAUAUCCUAGUGGCAAUAAUAUUAUCAGCCCUCCCCCUCUUCCUCAUCACUCUCUUGAUCACUAGAUCUUACCUCCGCCGGAGAGACCAAUGUUGUUACAUGCUAAACUACGAGUGCUACAAGCCAACGGACGUUGACCGGCAGUUGACCACCGACAAGUCGGCCAUGAUCGUGUACAGGAACCGGAACCUGGGGGUGGAGGAGUUCCGGUUCCUGCUGCAGACCAUGGUCAACUCCGGGAUCGGGGAGAAGACCUACGUCCCCAGGAACGUUCUAGAAGGGCGGGAGGCCUCCCCGGCGCUGGCGGACUCCGUGGAGGAGCUGGACGACAUCAUGUUCCAGACCCUCGACCGCCUCUUCCGGAGCUCCGGGGUGUCGCCCCGGGAGGUCGACGUGGUGGUGGUGAACGUGUCGCUGCUGGCGGCCGCCCCGUCGCUGGCGGCGCGGGUGGUGAGGCGGUACAAGAUGAGGGAGGACGUGAAGACGUUCAACCUCUCCGGGAUGGGGUGCAGCGCGAGCGUGGUCGCCGUUGACCUCGUCCGCCACCUCUUCAAGGUGUAUAAGAACUCUCUCGCCGUCGUGGUCAGCUCCGAGUCUUUCGGGGCCAAUUGGUACAGCGGGAAGGAGAGGUCGAUGAUGCUAUCGAACUGCCUGUUCCGGUCGGGGGGUUGCUCGAUGCUGUUCACGAACAAGGCGGCUCUGAGGCACAGAGCCAUCUUGAAGCUCAAGCACAUGGUUCGGACCCACAUUGCCGCGUCCGACGAGGCGUACGAAUGUUGCAUGCAGAUGGAGGACCCUCAGGGCCUCAACGGCUUCAACCUCAACAAGCGUCUCCCAAAGGUCGCCACCAAGGCCCUCGUCGCAAACUUUAAGGUGCUCGUCCCCAAGAUGCUACCCUACUGGGAGACCCUUCGAUUCCUCCUCGUCUCCGCCCUCGAGCGCCGCAAGUUCCGCCUCCCCGCCUUUUUCGGAAGAGGUGUGGUCAACAUGAAAACCGGGAUCGAGCAUUUCUGCCUGCACCCGGGCGGGAGGGCGGUGAUAGACGGGGUGGGAGCGAGCCUGGGGCUGAGCGAGUACGACUUGGAGCCGACGCGGAUGUCGUUGCACCGGUGGGGCAACACGUCGGCGGGCGGGCUGUGGUACGUUCUCGGGUACAUGGAGGCCAAGAAGAGGUUGAAAAAAGGUGACAGAAUAUUAAUGGUGAGCCUUGGGGCAGGCUUCAAAUGCAACAAUUGUGUUUGGGAGGUGAUGAAGGACUUGGGGGAUCCCAAUGUUUGGGAAGAUUGCAUCCAUUCUUACCCUCCCAAAAUAUUGGUCAACCCUUUCGUUGAGAAGUAUGAUUGGGUUAACGAUCCUUGUCUCAGUUUUGUUCGAUCAAUUGCAUAGUUCUUUUUUUUUUCUUUUUUUUUUGGAAGAAAAAAAAUGAUUUGUUAUUGAAUUGUUUUUUAAAUAUAGUUAUUAUUCUUGAUAUAUAUAUAUUACUACCACCGUCUCAGAUUAUUUGUCCAUUUUUGACUUUUUUCAGUCAACUGUUUUUAACUUUUGAUUUAUAAUUAAAUAAAAUAUAUGUUAUAUAUUAAGUAUAUACAAUAAUAUUUUAUAUAAUAAAUCUAAUAAAUCUCUUUUUGUAUCAAAAUUUAAAAUCAUUUUUAUUUAAUUUAAAGUCAAAGUUUAUCAAUUUUGAUCGAAAAAAUAAAAAAUGGACAAAUAUACUCAGGGACGAAGGGCGUAUAUAUGAUCAUAUAUGAAGCCAAGGAGUUCAUGCAUUGCAUGCAUAUAUAUGCUUGAUUAUAUGUUGACCAAUAAUUAAGAUUGGUGAUCGAACACAAGCUAAGGUUGAUGUACACUUUAAUUUAGGGAUAUGGGGUUAUUAAGAAAUUGCUACACAAGAUGUACUUUUUUUUAAUUUAAUUUAUUUGGUGUUAAUUAAUUACCAUUGUUAUGUAAUUGGAUCCCAAUAAUGGGAUUUAUAUACUUGUAAGUUGUAACCGUCCAAGUGUACAAUAAAGGUGUUGUCUUGAU